AUGCGCAGUCGACGCUCCCUUUGCCACCAACAACUGUAUUCCCAAAUACAACGGUACUUUUUGAGCAAGGUUACGAUAACAACAAGCACGAGCACAACUUCAUUAUUCUCUUCAACCACCCCGACAAUACUCACCGAUUUCCCAGCACCAACAAUCACAACUUCCCCAAAAAGCGAAAUAACGACUUUUGUGGUCGGAAUGAUUGGAAUCAUCCCAGCCGCUUUCCUCAGCAGCUAUUAUCAGGUUCCGCAUGAACGGCUUUCUCCUGAUCUACCUCCAACUCGACCAUCAUCGCCGCCACUGAGGAGAAUUUCGACAUCGGCUCAACGGAAGCCUCGA